GGAUACUCGCCCACUACGGCACUCCCAGUCCCCGCACGUAAACACAGCAGUUCUCCUCGCUCGCCUUCUUCCCUUCUUGCCCGUUGCCUGCUCGCUCUUGCCUUAUAUAAACAGAAGCAGAGCACGGCAGGGCAGAGUUCAGAGUUCAGACAUCGGGCAGAUCAGGCAGAGGAGAGGAAUUCUCGGCCGAUUCUUCAUUUCAAGCACAAGAAGAGGAGAGAACAUAGAAGAGGCCAAGAGGGGGCUUUGUGCUUUCUGAAAGCUGCUCUGAGGGAUGACGGCGUGCGGUGGUGGUGUGAGGAUGGCGGUUGCUGCGGCGGCGGCGGCGAAGAUGGCUGCGCCAUGGGUUCUUGGUUGCAGCUUGCUGCUCUGCUUGGCGACCUUUCAGGGAGCUGAGUGUGCGAUCGGCGUGAACUACGGCAUGGUCGCCAACAACCUGCCGGCGCCGGAGCAGGUGAUCUCCAUGUACAAGGCCAAGAACAUCAACUACGUGCGCCUCUUCCACCCGGACACGUCGGUGCUGAACGCGCUCCGGGGCUCCGGCAUCGGCGUUGUCCUGGGCACGCUGAACGAGGACCUCCAGCGUCUGGCGUCCGACCCGUCCUACGCCGCGUCGUGGGUGGCCACCAACGUGCAGCCCUUCGCCGGCGCCGUCCAGUUCCGGUACAUCAACGCCGGCAACGAGGUCAUCCCGGGGGACGCCGCGGCGCAGGUGCUCCCGGCCAUGCAGAACCUGGAGUCGGCGCUCCGGUCCGCGGGGGUCACUGGCGUCCCCGUCACGACGGCCGUGGCCACGAGCGUGCUCGGCACGUCGUACCCGCCGUCCCAGGGCGCCUUCUCCGAGGCGGCGGCGCCGGUGAUGGCGCCCAUCGUCUCGUACCUGUCGUCGAAGGGCGCGCCGCUGCUGGUGAACGUGUACCCGUACUUCGCCUACUCGGGCAGCGGCGGGCAGGUGGCGCUCGGGUACGCGCUGUUGUCGUCGGACGCCAGCGCGGCGUCGUCGUCGUCGGUGACGGACGGCGGGGUGGUGUACACCAACAUGUUCGACGCGAUCGUGGACGCGACGCACGCGGCGGUGGAGAAGGCCGGGGUGCAGGGACUGGAGCUGGUGGUGUCGGAGACCGGGUGGCCGUCGGGCGGCGGCGGCGACGGCGCCACCGUGGAGAACGCGGCGGCGUACAACAACAACGUGGUGCGGCACGUCGGCGGAGGCACCCCGCGGCGGCCAGGGAAGGCCGUGGAGACGUACCUGUUCGCCAUGUUCAACGAGAACGGCAAGGCCGAGGGCGUGGAGCAGCACUUCGGCCUCUUCCAGCCGGACAUGAGCGAGGUCUACCACGUCGACUUCACGGCGGCUUCUUCCUAGGCUAGCUCUUCUCGAGUAGCAGCACUAGUCUGUCCGUGUGUACAGUGCAUGCCAGUGCACGGCGUUACCCCAUCCCAUGGAUUUGUUUAGCACAUUAUUACUGUCGUCAUUAUUACUCAUUAGUGAUGCAUUUGCUCAGUAGAUACAGAUACAGACAUACAGUAGUACACUCCUUCAGUAUGCCAUGCGUCUCUACUUGACCA